AUGCCUCAGCUCUUCCCCUUCAACCCGUCGGAGACGAUGGUGAUCCGCAAUGUCACUCCUAAUAUCGUCACCAUGAGUCUGCCAUUUGCACGAUUCGGCAUCAUGCGAUUCGGCGGCCGAGGGACGCUAGUCAAACUCUCCACGGGUUCCCUCGCCGUUAUCUCCCCCGUCAGCCUCACCCCGGAAGUCCGCGCCAAAGUCGAAUCGCUGGGCGGCAACGUCAAGUACAUCGCUGCGCCCGAUCUCCAACACCACCUGAACAUCACUGCCUGGAAGAAGGCCUUUCCGCAGGCGAAAAUCCUUGCGCCCGAAGGUCUCUGGGAGAAGCGCCAAUCCAACCCCGAGUUCCGUGAGACGCAGUUCCAGCAUGUGUUCAAGAAAGAUGCGGCGCCGCCGAUGAUCUCGGAGGAGUGGCAUGCUGAGUUUGAAACCGAGUAUGUGCAUGGUCACGGCUCGCGCGAGCUCGUCUUCCUGCACAAGCCUUCGCGCACGGUCAUCGAGGCCGAUCUGCUCUUUAAUCUGCCUGCCAACGAGCAGUACUCCAAGACUGAAGAUAAGGAGCCGAUGAACUUUGCGACAAAACUGGUGCUCCCUCUACUCUCGAGCUCUUCUUAUCCCGCUACUGGCCAGCGACGCUUUGCUUGGUAUAUUCUGUCAUCUCACGACCGCACUGCUUUCACCGAGUCUGUUCGGCGAAUUGCGCGCUGGGAUUUCGAUCGGCUAAUCCCAUGCCAUGGAGAUGUCAUUGAGACGAGUGCCAAGUCCGUGUUUCAGAACGUGAUGGCUUGGUUCCUGCGAGAGGAUUCGAAGCAUGUCUGA